AUGCUGAAAAAAAAUACAAAACUUAAUCGAAUUGGUAUGGCGUAUAAUCUCAAUUCAAUUGAAGAGAGAAAAUAGAUUAUGGAAUUAAAGAGAUAAGGAAAGCAUUCUAAAGAGAUAGCAAAGAUAAUGAACAAAAAGAUAAAGUCAAUUGACUCGGUUAAGAGUGAUGAAAGAAAAUCAGAAUACAAGGAAUUUAUAUAAAAAAUGAUCUCAUAUGUUUUAAAGUACUUUUAGGAUAAAAUCGAAUAUGAUGUAAUAAUAAAAUUAUUUUAGAUGAUAGACAAGAAAAGUUUAAGCAAAAAGAUAAGAAAAUUUAUAAAUUAAACCUUGUCUUCAAAUUAGAAUGAUUAGUUUAGAUUGCUGAUUCCUUAAAGUCGAAAAGAAUCUAAUUAGAGAAGAAUUAAAGAAAAAAUAGUAGAUUCAGUAGUUACGUGUUUAUUACAAGUACCAAAUAGUCAUGAUAAUGUUGCCAAAACACUUUAGAACUAAAAUUAAAAAGAUACUUAAAUUAUUGAAGAAAAUAAAGAAACUCUUGAUAACAAAUGA